AUGCCCUCCGAGAAAAGCAUCAAAGCAGGGCUGUCUCUCAUCGAGAGCGACAAGUCCAAAAUCUUGAAGUUGACCAUCGGAAACCACGAAAACAUCAAGCCAGGAGUGUACAUUCCCCGCGCAGAUGCCCAAUCACCUCCAAAGCUAUCAUUCCCCGGCCUGUCAACCGAUAAGACCUAUUUUGUUGUUUCUCUGGAUAUCGACGCGCCUUUCCCAUCUUUUGGCGUUCUUGGUCCUAUCCUCCACUGGAUUCAACCUGGAGUCAAGGUUUCUGAGUCUGGAGAACUAGAUCUCAGUGCCCCUUUCGUUGCUAACUAUAUUGGUCCUGCACCCCCGCCUGGUAGCAGUCCCCACCGCUAUACGUUUUACCUCUAUGAGCAGCCUACUGGGUUUGAUACUGCGAAGUAUGCUCCGGCUAAUGGUCAGAAACUGGGAAAUUGGACGCGGAUUCGGUAUGACCUUGAUGCCUGGGGGAAGGAAAUCAAUUUGGGCCCGGUGUUAGCUUUUAACUAUUUUACCAGUAACUAG